AUGGGGAAGAUAGUGGUGGUUGUGUGCGUCGCGGCGGGACGGAAAUGUUUACGCUGGUGCCAGCGGUGGAAGGGGGUGGAGCUUGUGGGCUCCGUGGAGGCUGACUUGAAGACGAAGGUGGCGGCGGUGAUUAAGGAGUGUUUUAACUCUUAUUCUUUUCAGGUUACUGCAAACCGCCUCCUAGCUUCUAAACAAACCAUCCCACAUUACUACUUGACAGUUGACACACGUGUCGACAAACUUAUCAAGUUACGAGGGGAACUGAACCCACUGCAGGAAGCAUCUGGUGGAAAGAAGAUAUCUAUUAACGACCUUGUUAUAAAGGCUGCAGCCUUGGCUCUUCGAAAGGUCCCUGAGUGCAACAGUUCUUGGAUGAAUGAUUUUAUUCGCCAAUACCACAAUGUGAACAUAAAUGUUGCUGUACAAACUGAGCAUGGAUUGUUUGUUCCAGUAGUUAGGGAUGCAGACAAGAAGGGACUUGGUACAAUCGGUGAGGAGGUGAAGCAGUUAGCUCAAAGAGCAAGGGAUAACAGCUUAAAACCACAAGAUUACGAGGGUGGCACGUUCACAGUAUCAAACUUGGGAGGUCCUUUUGGAAUUAAACAGUUCUGUGCUAUUAUAAAUCCUCCUCAGUCAGCAAUCUUGGCCAUUGGUUCUGCUGAGAAGAGGGUGAUACCAGGCAGUGCGGAUGGUCAGUACGAGUUUGGUUCCUACAUGUCAGUAACAAUGAGCUGCGAUCACAGGGUUAUUGAUGGUGCAAUUGGGGGGGAAUUCCUGAAAGCGUUCAAGGGCUACAUCGAGAACCCGACCACAAUGUUGCUGUAAAGUUAGGAGGAUGAAGCCUAUUCUUGUCGAGUUCUUGAAUAAUGCACAGAACGGUGCUGUCCCGUUUUACAUAACCUGGGCGCGGUCUCAUGGAACCCACAGUCAAGAGCACAGAGCCAGCAAGCGAACACACAGGAUGACCUGUUUUUUUGGAUUGAAACGUCUUCUGUUCGUUUUACCUUCUGUUUCUUCCCAUGAAUGACCUGAUCGAUGUAGGUUGGACUUGCAUGGCCUGUUGAGCUCAUUUUUUGCCAGAGAAACUCCUGAUUAUAGGAUUUGCAUUUUUCCUAAUAUACACGCAAACUUAACCAGGAGGCUCAGUAAA